UUCUCCCAGUUACUAAUGCUACCAGAACCUCCAUUCAAGCCUAUAUAUUACACGCUGGUUAUUAUUGACCUCUGUAAGGCUCUUCCUGGGGCCUUUCCUGCAGUAGUAGCUGGUGCAGUUCGAGCUCUUUUUGAGAAAAUAGCUGAUUUAGAUAUGGAAUGUCGGACACGACUCAUUCUUUGGUUUUCUCACCAUUUAUCAAACUUUCAGUUCAUCUGGCACUGGGAAGAAUGGGCUUAUGUUUUAGACCUCCCAAAGUGGGCCCCUCAACGUGUGUUUGUUCGGGAAGUUUUGGAGAGAGAAGUCCGUUUAUCAUACUGGGAGAAAGUGAAGCAGAGUAUCGAGAAUGCCCCUGGUUUAGAAGGGUUGCUCCCUCCAAAGGGUGGACCAAACUUUGAAUUUGGAGCUCAAGAUAAUAGUGAACGACAUGCACUUUCUGCAGAACUCAAAAACCUGGUGAAAGGAAGAGCAGCUGCCCGUGAAAUCAUUUUAUGGAUAGAAGAAAACGUCUUUCCCGUUCAUGGAUUUGAGGUUACCCUCAAAGUGGUUCUGCAAACUCUGCUUGAUAUAGGAUCCAAGAGUUUCACCCAUUUGAUUACUGUUUUGGAGAGAUAUGGUCAAGUCAUUGCAAAAAUGAGUUCUGAUCAAGAUAAACAAGUAAUGGUAAUCGCAGAAGUAGGUUCGUACUGGAAGAACAAUUUGCAAAUGACAGCUAUAGCAAUUGACAGAAUGAUGGGCUACAGGCUUUUAUCUAAUUUAUCCAUAGUGAGAUGGGUCUUCUCUUCAGAAAAUAUUGAGCAGUUCCAUACUUCAGAUCGUCCAUGGGAGAUCCUAAGAAAUGCAGUUAACAAGACAUACAACCGUAUCUGCGAUCUGAGGAAAGAGAUUUCAUCUCUGAAGAAGACUUUUGUAUCAGCAGAAGCUGCAGCAGCAAAGGCAAAAGCAGAGUUGGAUGCUGCUGAGACAAAGCUUACACUUGUGGAUGGCGAACCUGUUCUUGGUGACAAUCCAACGAAGUUGAAGCGUUUGAAAUCAUCCGCUGAAAAGGCGAAAGAGGAGGAGGUGUCCGUUCAAGAGUCUUUGGAGGCCAAGGAUGCUCUUCUUGCUCGGGCUCUUGAUGAAAUCGAGGCAUUGUUCCUCUCUCUGUACAAGAACUUCAGCAGUGUUCUGAUGGAACGUCUGCCAGAGGCAUCCAGAGUUGGAACAUUGCAGGAACUGAAAUCUAGUUCUGCAGAUGCCAUGGCUGUUGACCUUGAAGAACUUUCAACUAUGGAGGUGGAUGAUGAGAAUGGAAGGCCUAAAAGUCAAUUGAAUGGUAGGAAGACGGGCAGUGUAUAUAAUAUAGGUGAGAAAGAGCAGUGGUGUUUAUCAACUUUGGGCUAUCUCAAGGCCUUUUCGAGGCAAUACGCUUCUGAGAUAUGGCCUCACGUUGAGAAGUUGGAAGCAGAAGUAUUAACAGAAAAUGUGCAUCCUCUCAUCCGAAAAGCAGUCUAUUGUGGUCUGCGUCGCCCCAUUAGCGCAGUAUACGUUGGUUGAUUUUGCGGCAACUUCCAUCUACGGUCAAGAUAAUUUCCUCCCAGUCUAACAAUGUAAAGGAUGCUAUUGGUCGGCUUAGAAGAAAAUUGCGAUUAGCUGUGGCUCUUACGUGACCAGUCGAGGCAAUUAGUUAGUUGCAGUUUAUGUGGAGAACCUUGUUGAUAUGUAAACCAUGACAAUUAAUGACGAUUAGCAUCAUGCAAAAUGUGAUGGGCUUACUACUUGUACUGAGCAAAUUACUAAAAGCAAAUUGUUUUACUCCCCUAGUUAGUGUUCUCUCUGUCUUCAUCCUUCAAUGUUCUUUUUAUACACAUAUAUAUACACUCACUCACA